AUGCAGCUGUUCGUGUUGGGGAUGCUCCCCUGGGCUUUCCUCCUGCCCCCUGGGGGCUGGGCUGGUGAGAUCAUCGGGGGACGGGAGACCCGGCCUCACUCCCGACCCUACAUGGCCUAUCUGGAUAUAGCGGGAAAAGGAAGCUGCGGAGGGUUUCUCAUUCGGGAGGACGUGGUGCUGACGGCGGCUCAUUGCAACUCCAACCGGGGUAAUAUCACCGUCAUCCUUGGAGCUCACAAUGUCUGGAAAUGGGAACCGAGUCAACAACGCAUCCGCGUGCGCCGGCAGAUCCCCCACCCGCAGUACAACAGCAAGACCUUAAAAAAUGACAUCAUGCUGCUGGAGCUGCGUCGCAAAGCGACACUGACUAGGGAGGUGGGGCUGGUCCGUUUAACGACUGGUAAACACAGAGUGCUCCCAGGGACCGUGUGCAAAGUGGCUGGAUGGGGUAUGACCAGCUUGAACACAGGAACCAACACCCUUCGGGAAGUGAACCUGUCGGUUGUGAGCAAUCGCCUCUGUCAGAAGCGGUACUGGUACUAUUUCCCCUCCACCAUGCUGUGUGUAGGGGACCCCCACUAUCCAAAGUCGACUUACAAGGGCGACUCUGGGGGCCCUCUCGUGUGCCGUGGAGUGGCCGAGGGCAUCGUCUCCUUUGGUUUCAAUAACAGCACUGCCCCUCCUGUUGUGUUCACUCGGAUUUCCCGCUUUGUGCCCUGGAUCAAAGCCAACAUGCCGAAAAUCUAG